CUAAGAUUACUAGAGGAAGGAACCCAAAGACCAUGAAACUUUACUUCUAACGGCCCCGCAGAGGAAUUUGUCUCUAGCGAAACGCAGAAACACCAUCCCAUAACGGAUUCAGAGAAGAAGAAGUGUUAUUACGUGAGAUUAACGCGGUAGACGUCCAGCCUGAGGAGGUGGACGCACUUUGCGACUUGCUAGCUUAACGUUACUGCCUGCCACUGACUUUGAUUCAAGGUAGCUGUUAGCUCGCUGUACUAUUAGCCAGCUGUUGGCUGCUUGGAUUGGCUGGCCCAACAAGUUAACUUAGUGAUUAACUGUAUGAAAGCAUUCCUUAUUUGAAUUUUUGAAUGGUGAUCAGCUCUCUUUGUCAACAGAUAGCAUUAGGGGUUUUUACAGAGAGUGGGAUAAGACGACAGCAAGUCGACAGCGCGUUGUGAACAUUAUUACUGCUAACCUGAACGUUAGCUAGUGCAGUAACGCUAGCUAAGUUGGGAUCCGAAGUCUCGCCCAUUUUUGGAUCCUGCCCCAGCCAUUGGCUAAGGGCUAAUCAACAGCCAACUAGUCCGGUUUCCAGGUUCGAUUGGUACUACGAUGGAAAGUCUAACGUUGAGUGACAUCGAGCAGAAAUACUACUCGGAUUUGUUCGUUUACUGCGACACGGAUAACACCAAAAAAGUGGCUUCCAAUGGGAGAGUUCUUGACCUUUUCCGGGCGGCCCAGCUACCCAGCGAAGUUGUCCUGCAGAUCACAGAGCUGUGUGGAGCCACUCGGCUGGGUCAUUUCGGGCGGAGCCAGUUCUACAUCGCUCUGAAGCUCAUUGCCAUUGCCCAGUCCGGGCUGCCCCUGAGGGUGGAGAGCCUCAACUCGGUCAAAGACCUGCCGCUGCCCAGGUUCGUGGUGGGGAAGAAUGAGGCGGAGGCCAGGCACGCGGCACUGUACCAGGACACAGACAGUCAGGGGAUGUACCCAGCCUCUGCCACUGCAGUAAUACCCAGACCGCCAGGCAGGGGUCUCCAGAACAAGAAAGGUCCCCCAUCAUCCACUUCACUUCCUGUCCAUGAGGUCAUCCAGCCCCUGGCACCCAGCAUAGAGCCACAGCCUGAACCAACGUCCCCGGUGGUCUCCCCUCAUCAGUCUCCCCCUACCUCCCCUCACUCGUGGAGGAAACACAAGCGGCAGCACAGCGGAGGAAACGCUGACAGACAGCCGGUGGUGGCUGCAACCGGAGCUGUGUGGACGCAGUUCAGAGAACCGCAAGCAGGUCCAGUGCCCAGUGAGGGAAUGUGGUCGUCCCACUCGCCUCCUCCUCCAGGUCAGGAAAGUUGGGUCAGUUUUACAGCGGACACCCCGCCAUCCAGCGCGCUCCCAGCAAUGCAUCCGUCGUCAGUCCAGGAAAGCACAACGAUACGAACAGUGGCCUCAGCAGCAACGACCAAUGAGAUCCAGCGACAGUCCAGCGGUUAUGAUGAUCCGUGGAAGAUCACGGAUGAACAGAGACAGUAUUAUAUCAACCAGUUCAAAACCAUCCAGCCAGACCUCACCGGCUUCAUACCUGGUUCAGCCGCAAAAGAGUUCUUCACCAAAUCAAAACUACCGAUUUUAGAGUUGUCACAUAUUUGGGAGCUGUCAGACUUUGAUAAAGACGGGGCACUGACCCUGGAUGAGUUCUGCGCCGCCUUCCACCUGGUCGUGGCCAGGAAGAAUGGCUACGACCUCCCUGAGAAGCUGCCUGAGAGCCUGAUGCCAAAGCUGAUUGACCUGGAUGACUCAGCAGAGGUCCCGGAGCAGACUGCUGACGUUGGAUACUCGGGCUCCCCGGUGGAGGUCACACCCAACAAAUCUCCCUCCAUGCCGUCACUCAACCAGGCCUGGCCAGAGAUGAACCAGAGCAAUGAGCAGUGGGAGACGUUUAGCGAGCGCUCCUCCAGCUCACAAACUCUGACCCAAUUUGACUCUAACAUUGCACCAGCUGACCCUGACACGGCUAUCGUCCAUCCAGUCCCCAUCCGGAUGACACCAAGUAAGAUCCACAUGCAGGAGAUGGAGCUGAAGAGGACUGGCAGCGACCACAACCACCCUACCAGUCCACUCUUGGCUAAACCUCCAGAACUGUCCGAAGAAGCCAAAUUACCUGCCUCCAUGAAGUUUGUAGCCGCCAACACUGUAGGUGACGGGUACAGCAGUUCAGACUCCUUCACCUCAGACCAGGAGCCAAUCACAAGACAAAGGUCUCAGUCGGGUACGUCUCCGGAGGCUCUGAAGGUGGUAGCGCCCCCUCCACCUCCGCCCCGCCCCCACCCCUCUCACUCUCGCUCCUCGUCUCUUGACAUGAACCGCACCUUCGCCGCCGCAUCUGCAGCAGGACAACCACAGCCUUCUACGAUAGCCUACCCGCCUGCUGUGCCUCCCCGACCGCUGCCCACACAGACGUCAGUGCCGCUGCCACACACCGGGCAUCGUGCAGAGGCAGAGGGUGCACCAGGAGGCGGAGCCGUGCUCACCACCACCUCCCCCCAGCAGAUUCCCCAGCAGCCUAAUUUCGCCGACUUCAGUCAGUUUCAGGCUUUUGCUGCGUCUGAACAGCCUUCCAGCCUGCCGGAGGUUGAGUUACACAGUGAACCUGGACAGGUGGACAAGCCGUCAGAGGGAGCCGGCCCUUUAAGAACGGUGAAGAGUGACGGCCAAGCAGAUGAGAGAGCGUCAGCGACUGUCAACUCUGCCAAAGGUUCGUCCGGUCCGCUCGCUCCUCCUCCAAAACCUGUCCGGCGAAGGUUGAAAUCAGAAGAUGAACUUCGACCGGAAGACGAGCAACACGGUCCGCAGAAAUCAAACGUCAUAGCCGCCGUCCUGGCCACCCAGCCUUCCAUCCCCAGGUCAGUAGGAAAGGACAAAAAGGCGAUUCAAGCUUCAAUCAGAAGAAACAAGGAGACGAACACAGUGUUGGCACGACUGAACAGUGAACUGCAGCAACAGCUGAAGGACCUGCUUGAAGAGAGGAUAUCCCUGGAAGUCCAGCUGGAGCAGCUCAGACCUUUCUCUCAUCUUUAACCGACGCGAGGAGGAAAACUCAGCUGUAGUUCAUCUGAAGCAAGGCUGUGGCCCUCAGUGUGACUCCGCCUCCAUCGCUCCCUCCUUCCCUCCUUCCUCCCACCAUCUCGGCUUUCCCUGCGGCUCCGACCUGCUGCGGGGCGCUCCGUUCAAACUCGUUACGCUCGAUCACACACUUACUAAUCAUAAGCCGGAAGGACCUGAGAGCGCCGUCUUACCAAGAGGAGGAGGUGAAAGGAGAGUGGGGGGAUUUUACAAACUGGCACUUUUCAAUUUUCUUUAAAGAGAGGUGAGCGGAGGACGACAGCGGACCGAGAGGUGGUUGGGAGUGGCCGACAAGAUGCCCCGACUGCGGUGUGGUCUGAGGACAAACUGCUGGUGUCUGAUUACUUUACUCUCUGAAUGACUGAAGAAAAAAGGCAGAGUGUGUUUGUCAUAUGUGUGUGUGACUGUUUGUGUAUUUGUGCUCCUGUUUAGCGACUUACUUGAGGCUAGCACCAAUAUGUUAAUUCUCUCCAGGGGUACAGACUCAGCCACACCAAACUCCCACUAAAAAUCAGACAGAUGUAAAGAAACGGUUCAGUAUUUUGGGAAAUUGCACUUCUACACUUCCUUUCUUAGAGUUAGAUGAUGAUGAUGAAGAUGUGUUUGAGUCUUGUGUGUUCAGUAUAGAGAUGGAGUCUGUGAUUAGCUUAGCUUAGCAGAAAGACUGGAAGUGGAGGGAAACAGCUAGCCUGGCUCUGUCCAAAGUUAAAAAAAAACUACCUGCACCAUUGUGUGUUUAAUCUGUACAAAAAUAGAAAAGUAAAAACAGUUUGUGGUUUUAGGGGGAGCUAGAUGCUGAAACGACUACUUCUAACUCUCCAUAAGAACAAGUAUAAGUGUAGCUCCCAAAAUGUCAAACUACCGCUGUGAAUACCUAUUCAAAACAGGACUUAAUCCUCAUUGACAGUCUUGUCUGCUGAACAUUUGCCUCUUGAAUGUCACCAUUCUCCAAAAAUGUGUUAAAAGUAGGUCUUUUAAGUAGGUCUAAGAGACUUGCUACAACACACAUUAGAGGCUUUGAAAACAUGAAGUCCAUGCCAAGAAUCUCCAUCUGCCUGCAAGUAAUUUUAAGUAAAAACUUAAAAUGGACAUUUUUCAGACUGGAGUUUGGUGUAGUCAGUGUCUCUAUAUAACAUACUGGGCUGCCUCUGGACAGGACUGUGUGUUGCUUGUGUAUGUGUGAGGCCUUUAAUGGCUAAAUCAUCAUGGUGAAGGCUUUUUUUGACUCAUCCCAUGACAUGAAUUCAGCCCACCUCCCUCUUAUUGCCCCUUGAAGUCUCCGUGUGGGUGUGGGUGCGUGAUCGAUGGCACGAUGCAGUGCUCUGUCUCCUUUCGUUAUGUUACACAGUGUUUGGGGAUUGAUGCGAUUGAGUGGUUUAACUUUAUGCCAAAUGACUGAACUGUCGCUCUGCUCUCUCACCUCUACUUGGGCUGUGUUUAAGAAAAAAAACAGUUUUCCCUUCCUACAGGUUUCUCUUGAUUUUCCCAACACAGCUGUGAAUCAGCUUUUCAGCUUUCUUUUAAACCUCUUACUCUUGGUUGCCGCGGUUAUUUCCAGCCUUUAAUUUCACCUGGAUGAGAAACCAUUUGGUCAAAAACAGACACUUGAAGGGGUUUGAAGAUGGCGGCUUGACUGCAGGAGGCGCCAUUCAUGAAGAAUUGUGUUGCCGAUCGGGGACAAGUUUUCCUGUGAUUUUUCCGGUCAGCAAACACACGUGCACAGAUCCCAACCGAUGGUGCAGAUAAGAGUCGAUUUAAAGAUUCAGCUGUUUUCCAACCGGGCAGUCGGCACUAUGCAAGUAUGGGCGAUGCAUCGAAACAGACCAACUAUACUUAGCUGUUUGUACUAUGAUAGUAGCAACUGUGUGAGCAGUAUACUCUGGUUUUUGUAUCUUAGAUCUUCCAAAACACCAUCUACUGUAUGUUUGUGAUUCAUUUUUGCCUUUUCUUUUUGGUACUGACGAGCAGUCCGCUUCCCCCGCCCCCGGCUCCAGAGGGAAGUAAACUCCAGAUCAGUGUUUUAUCAGGGCACUUUCACCCUAAAUCUGCAAGAUACGACCCUUGCUGGUUGUAGAUGAAGCUUAACAGGACUACAGACGGAGACCAGUCAACAGAAUGGGAGACCUGAAUGACCCAACUGCACUUUGAACUUAACCCCCCCUCCUCCUUAUUUCUUUUGUAUUUUUUUUAUUUGUUGUGUCCCUCUUUGCUUUCUUUUAACCUGCAUGUUGUUCUCGUCUUUCACGUGUAUUUAAAGAUGCUUUAAGAAGAAAAAAAAAAAAAGAACCACUCGUGUUUUAUUUCUUCAGUACAACCU